AUGACCGACCCAAAGAUCAAAAUCAAAGAGCUAGUGAAGAAACUCUGCUCUCCAGACAACACGGGCAACCCCAAGGUGAAUGAAGCCCUCUCCUUGGAAAUUUUUUGGUUCCUGCAAGCACAUCCUAUGUUUGCAUUUGAUUGGGUCCCCUUUCCGGCGGAAUCAAAUGCCGGGAGCGACAACAAGAGCAGCAUUCCUUUUGUGUACCUCAUGAAUCAGGGGAUGGUUAGCAGUGAAAAAUUGUUGGAAUUUAUGAAAGCAUGCCCAAAGGAACCCAAAGAUGAACCUCCUCUUGUCGCUCGCACUGAGCCCAAAGGUCGCAGCAUUGGUGGAUUGCACCCUGCUCUCGUGGAGGUAAUUUUCCCUCCUAUUGCCGAUGAUAGCAAAGUAAUGCAACAAACGCUAUUGAUGAAUGCGCUCGUUUUGACCAUCUUGCACAUCAAGCACAGUGCCAAGUUUUCUGUCAAAGUUCCCAGUGUACGCUACGUGAACUAUUGGCUUCGCGCAUUACACAAGGGCUUGUCCAACAUUGGCAAUGAUCCCAAGAUGAUUCAUUUUCACUUGGAAAUUGCUGAUUCUACAGUUUUCAUAUUCAACUCGGAAGCCCAUUCAGGAGGCCGUCGUGGAAGAUUCAACAGCGUCAAUAUUCCCAAUCUGUCAAAGCCUUCUGUGGGUUCCUUGCUGCAACAUAUAAACUAUUCCUGGGUCCAUCAUAUCUCACUUGGGCAAGCAAAUGGGCCCACCUUUAGUUCUAUGGCUUUCAGUGGAAAACAAAACACACCAGGUUUGCAAGCGCAGCAUUUGCACCAGUAUGCCUCCUGGCGGCGUCGGCUGAAUUCCUACCGCCGUGACCAUGCAGUUCCACCGGCUGUCAAAGCAAGUGCAACAGAAUCAAUCUUCAAACUGUUGCAACAUGCUCCCAGCUUGAAAGAGUUGUACAUUACUUGCGAUGCAGAUAUUGACUUGGUUGUCAUUGCCAAAGGAUUGAAGACUCACAAGACCCUAACCACCUUUCAGUGGGAUAGUCUCAGGGGGGCAACAUCCCGUGAAGUGUCUGCUUUGGGAGCCUGCCUUCGGGACCAUAACACUGCGCUCACUGUUCUAGACUGCUUUAGCGGGGAAGCUACACCACCACAGAUACAACAUUUCACCACUCUGAACAAAGCAGGUCGCUGCAAGAUGCGUCAACUAGGAUGUGCCUACGCGGAUAUCCUCAUUUCUGCCAAGAACGAUCGCUCCAGCUACAAAGGCUUGCCUGGUGAAAACAUCAAUGUACUGUAUGGACUUUUGAGCGAAGCACCUGGGAACUGGUCUCUGAUUGCCGUUCAAAACCAUGAAAAUGGAAAGGUUCGCCGAGGACGCAAACGGGGAAUCAGCACGCGGAUUCAGCCUUCUCGAUAUGUGAAAAAGAAAACACGCAAGUAA